AUGCAACGCUCACAGUCAGCGGUGGAUUUUUCCAACCUGCUGAACCCCGAAUCUGCACCCGCGCAACACGACAAGCUGGCCAGCACAGUCACCACGCAGCAAGUGGACCACGAAGGCGACGUGGAUAUGGCUUCCGUCACGGUUAUCCGGCCCAAUGGGCCUCUUCCAGGGGGGCAGCCGGCAGAGAACCCAAGUGAACUCCCCCGGCCUUACAAGUGCCCCCUCUGUGACAAGGCGUUCCACAGACUGGAGCACCAGACGAGACACAUCAGGACUCACACUGGCGAGAAGCCGCACGCAUGCCAGUUCCCUGGUUGCAGCAAGAAGUUCUCGAGGUCCGAUGAGCUGACCCGUCACUCGAGGAUACACAACAAUCCUAACUCGAGGAGAGGAAACAAGAACCCUCAGACCUCGCAUCACCACAUGUCCGGCUCCCUGACGCCAGACUCCAUGAUGCCGCCGCCUGCAGGGCCCAGGUCCAUCAAGAGUGCGCCCAACUCGACACUCGUCUCGCCCAAUGUCUCGCCGCCUCAUUCUUACUCGCAGUACGCACUCCCUCAGGGCCCGUUAUAUGGCCGUGGCAUGGGAGGCAGCCCUCUGUCUGGCCACACGAUGGACAUUGGAGUGCUCGCAAGCGCUGCGAAGCAGGUCGAGCGGGAUAACAUCACAUCGCAUCACCACUCUGCCAGACACCACCCUUAUUACUCUCACAGCAUGCACUCGUCGCGUGGCCAUCUGCCAUCUCUGUCUGCCUAUCACAUGUCGAGGUCCCAUUCGAAUGAUGAGCACGAUGACCACUACAGCCACCCUCUGAGGCAUGCAAAGAAGUCUAGACCGAAUUCACCCAACUCAACCGCUCCUUCUUCCCCUACCUUCUCACACGAUUCUCUAUCGCCUACUCCAGACCACACUCCGCUAGCCACACCGGCUCACUCUCCUCGACUUCGACCUUACUCUGGUAUCGAAUUGCCGACGCUUCGAAACCUCACUCUUGGACACACACCUGCUUUGGCUCCUAUGGAGCCACAGCAUUUUGGUGAAAACCCUCAGUAUCAGCAAACACAGCCUACCAGCACUCCUGGUCCUCGGACCGGUCUUUCACUCACCGAUAUCAUCAGCCGCCCUGAUGGGAGCAGAAAACUGCCUGUGCCUCAGGUGCCCAAGGUCGCUGUUCAGGACCUGUUGGUUGCGGACGGCUUGAACAGCAGCGGCCGAAGUUCCACUACCGCGAGUCUGGCUGGUGGAGAUCUCAUGGAUCGGACGUAG